AUGUCGUGUUCAUCCUUCACCUCGAUUCCUGUCUUGGAUUUCUCUCAGGUCUCGUCAUCCAAGCCCACCUUUCUAGCCAGCCUUCGCGACGCCCUUGUGAAUGUCGGCUUUUUUUAUCUUCAAAAUGUCCCUAUUUCAAUUCAAACGCAAGACCAAUUUAUAGAGAAGGCCCUGGGUCUUUUUGAGCUCCCACUAGAGAAAAAGCUUGAGAUCGAGAUGGUCAAUAGUCCGCACUUUUUGGGCUACUCAAGGCUUGGUGCGGAAAUUACAGCUUUGAAAGCUGAUUAUCGCGAACAAUUUGAUUUCGCAACCGAGCUCCCCGCCCCUGGUCCAAAUGAGCCUUUGUAUAGGAAUGUGGUUGGCCCUAACCAGUGGCCAGAUGAGAGGGCAAUCCCUGGAUUUCGAGAUUCAUUCGACGCAUAUCUGUCGGAAGUGAGCAGCCUAGCAGAGUCGUUUCCGGGGCUCAUUGCAGAGGCUCUAGACCUCCCGUCAACUGCAUUCGAUCAAAUCUUCGAUACCCCCCAGCAACACACGCUGAAGUUGAUCAAAUAUCCUCCCCCACCUGAAUCUAACGAGUCCGGAUUCCAAGGUGUUGGUCCUCAUAAAGACUCCGGAUUCCUCACAUUCCUUUUGCAGGGUACGCCGCACCAUGGCCUGGAAGUUCAAAAUAAGGCUGGGACAUGGAUUCCUGCACCGCCACUCCCAGGCACAUUGGUUAUCAACAUUGGUCGCUCCUUGGAGGCUCUGACUGGGGGAAUCUGCACAGCCACAACUCACCGCGUAAGCCUACGGCCGGAGAACUUUCACGACAAUGCCGGCUCUUUGGGGCCUAGAUUUUCCUUCCCUGUUUUUCAGGGAGUGAGUCUCGAUCUUUCUGCCGAAAAAAUCUCUUUGGAUAUCCCGGUUCACAUCCGUGCCUUGGUGAAAGAUGACAAGGUCAAAUCAGAUGCAGAGGCCACUUUUAACAAGAUAUUCCAUGGAAGCAUUGGUGAAGGUACCUUCAUUGCCCGGGUGACCAGUCACCAGGACGUUGGACAGCGAUGGUAUCCGGAAAUUUUAGCAAAAGCAUUAAAAGGCCAAAAGGAUUUUCUUACCUGA